AUGGAUGACGAGCUUGACCCAGCCGAUGAAAACGUGAACUCCGUCUUGGCUCAGGAGUCCUCCGAGCUGUUUGAAAUCCUCUGCAGUCAGUCACAGACCACCUUAAUGUCUCUGUGGGAGACGACGCCCCCCGACGCCGGCCGGCUCGGUUCUGCAGCAGCAUCGGCGCUGGUACCAGAGCACAUCUCAGCCAUGCUGGAGCACUUCAGACGCAGCAGAGCUGCGGAGUGCUGCAGCUUCCUGCAGAGAGUCUGUCUGCUGUGUGACAACGUGCCCAUGCACCUGGAGUCCAAACUCAUGUCUGUGGCUGGAAACCCUUUCAGUGUGCGUCAGAACCCGACUCUCAGUGAAACGGGUCAGAGAUCACCAGCGGAGGAGCAGCUCGUCAAACGCCCACGGAUCGAUCACUGGGAGCAGCAUGUUAAAGCAGCAGCAGGUUUCCUGCAGAGGAGGUGGGAGCGACUGUCCGCAGGUCGGCUGAGGGACCUGCAGCCCGAGAAAGUCUGGGUCAGCCUUAGAACCACCAGCAGAACCAGGGAACGAGCCGAUCAGACCCCAGGAUCUGCAGAGCGAGGGAGCAGGACACCAGAGCCUGACGUGGAUUAUGGGAGUCUGGAGUCCAGACUGACUCUGGAGACGUUCCUGCAGGGAUGCGCAGGAAAAGUCACGGUUCUGUGCGGCCCGGCCGGAUCAGGAAAAACUCUGCUGACGUCGUGUCUCGGCCAUCAAUGUGCGAGCGGGUUGGGCCCCAUCCCGUCAUCGUACCUGUUUGUCCUGCUGGAGUUUCGUCAGCUCAACCUGCUGUCCUCCCCCCUGUCCCUGUCCGAGCUGCUCUUCCAGCACUACCUCCCCCCUCAGAACGGGGACAGUCAGGCAAAGAAAGCCGUCAUGGACUACCUCCUGUCCAACCCGGAGCAGAGCUGCUGGGUGCUGGACGGCUACGAUGAGUUUCACAGGAAGCUCAGCAGGCGAGACGAGCCGCUGGACCCAGAAACGCCUGUCCCCGCUGCAGACCUGGUCUCAGGGUUGGUGAGCCGUCAGCUCCUUCCAGGAAGCACCGUGCUGCUCACCUGUCGGGUCCGGGACGUCUCCGAUUUGGACGGCUUGGCGGACAAAGUAGGACAGCUGCUGCCCUGGGACCAUCAAGAGAUCAGGGAAUAUGUGGACAGCUUCUUUGGUGUAAAAGAUGGAAGUCCUGGAUCAGAGGCAGCAGAUCUCCUGUUCUCCAGUCGACACCUCCUCGCCAUGUCGUCCCUCCCUGCCCUCUGCAACAUCUGCUGCGUCUUCCUGCAGCAUUUACUGCAAGAAAAACGACGUAAAGCAAGUACAAACCCUCUGGAGACACGAGAUAAAGGAGCACAAAAUCCUGAUGUAAGACAGGAAGAGGACGGACAUGGAGACAGUUCGAGAGGACAGAGAACCGAUCCAAACAGAGCAGAGACUUCGUCCUCAUCAGCUGAAGUUCCCCCCACUCGUACCCAGCUCUACCUCGCUGUUGUCUCUGCGUUUCUCAGCCGACGGCCUCACGAAGGAGGAGGGGAGGACCCGACAAACACCUCAACGUUUCCUCACAGUGUGCAGCUCUGUGGGUUGAGUCGCCUGGCCUGGCAGGGUUUAGAGAAAAGCAGCAUCCUGUUUUUGAAGAACGAAGUUCCACCGAAGGUUUUGGAGCUCUCAGUCAGAACCGGACUCUUCUCACAGGUGGAGGUCAGAGGUCAGGAUGGAAAGCUGCUCAGUGCGUACAGCUUCACUCACCUGACGCUGCAGGAGUUUCUGGCUGCUUUAAGGAUCAUGACGAGUAACGACGUUAGUGACGCACAACUCAAGAAGAGGUUCAGCCUGAAAACUCGCUGGACCACCAGGUCAGACCAGAAGACCGUGUUCACCGACUCCCUGUACCUGUACGUGUGCGGUCUGGCGUCCUCGCGCUGCACUCAGGCUGUGGUUCAGGUAGCCCGGGCAUCAGGUCUGAAAGGAGUCCAGAGCUGGGUUCAGAAGCGCCAGGACCUGGUUCUGAACCUACUGAAAGCUCUGUGUCACAACAACACUCUGACCGGACCAAAGGUAUUACAGCUGUGCCACUAUGUCCAGGAGAGUCAGAACCAACAACUGGCCCAUCAGGUUGUGAGCGUGAGGCCGACCCUGGAGCUGAGAAACUUCUGGCUGUUACCCAACGACAUCCAUGCUUUGGCUUUUGUUGCCAACUCUGCUGGAGACGACGGCGUUGGUUUGGACUUCGGUUCGUGUUCGAUGGAGCUGGAGUGUUUGGACAUUCUGACCACGUGUCGGAACAUUCAUCACCUCAGUUUUCACAGCCGUAAGUAUGGUGACAAGUUUGCUGGGAAGCUGUCAACGAUUGUCCCAGAGUUCACAACCCUGAGAAAGCUCCAGUUUUGUGGUUCCAGUCUGACGGCUGCAGGGGCGGCCAGUCUGGCCUCUGGUCUGCAAAACUGCCCCUCCAUCAGCGAACUCAAUUUCAGUGACAACAAUCUGCAAGAUGAAGGAAUCCAACACAUCGCUGAGAUUUUUACCAAACUACCGAACCUGACUUCUGUAACGCUGGGGAGAAACAACACGUCUCUGAAAGCUGUGGGCUGUCUCGUAGACAAAAUGUCUUCCUGUUUGAACAUCCAGAGAGUUCAUGCAGAUGGGGUGAAAGAGCUAACAGUAACCUUCUGUCAGGGCUCAGAUAUUAACAGCCAUAAAGUCAACCCAGAGCCAGCAGUCAGCUUGUUGAAUCAGAAGUGGACUAACUCUGAAAUGGAAAAGCUCGUCCAAUCUCUGGCUAACUGUCCUGCUCUUUCGGUCCUGAAUUUGUCCGGAGGUUAUUGGGACGAACAAACGUUAAAGACUCUGACUGAGUUCGUUCCAAAGUUCAGCGUCUCUGAAAAGAUCAUCUUGAACGGCAGCUGCUCAUCUGUGGAGGGGUUGGUGGUUCUGACUGCGCUGCUCUCUGAGCGUCUGUCUUUGUUCGAGCUGAACGUCAGACUGCAGAGUCCGGUUCUGGUGUGUGUGGUGUUUCCUGGAGGGAGAGAGAAACCUGCAGCUGAAACAUCUAAAAAACUCUGCCUCAGCUGCUGUGACCUGCAGCCCAGUGACUUGGACCGAGUCUUGAGGAGUUUGGGAUCUUCUCCAGGUCUCACUGACUUGGACUUGUCCUGUAAUCGUUUAGGGGACAAAGGUCUGAAGAAGCUGUUGGACAUUCUGCCUCGGCUGAAAAAACUUCGGGAAGUUCACGUCGGUGACAACUGGCUCAGCAUGGACGGAGCGGUUCUGCUGGCUGCUGCUUUGUGCUCCAAUAACAACCUGACAGAAACCCACAUCAGUGAAGGAGGCAAAAACCUGGUGACCCUACGAUUCAGCCCCGAAACGAGUGACGACAAACUUCAGAUAAAGUUAUUCAGAAUAACGAACAGCAGCCUCCUGCCGUCUGAUGUAACCAGAAUAUGCAACAAACUGCUCCAAAGUCGCUCAUAUCUGGAGCUGGAGUUCUCUCACUGCUCCUUCUCUGAGGAAACCAUCGAGAAUCUGCUCAGAGUUUUGCCAAAGAUGUUGUUGCUGCGGAGACUAAAUGUUAGCUGCAGCAUCUCGUCCACGGCUGACGCUCUGAUGUUGAUCAGCUGUUUGACGGACGGUCGGCGAGUCUCAUCAGUGGAGCUCAGUCCUCAGAGCGAAUCCUUCAUUACCUUCGAUGGAGUUCAAGCAGAACAAGUGAACUGCAGAUUCACAGGUUUUUGUUUCAAAGGAGACGACAUUGUUUUAAUGAACAGGCUGCUUCAGAUCCUACAGCACAAUCAGCAGCUUUCUUAUCUCGAUUUGUCUGAGGACCAGCUGGACGAUGACGGGGUGAAACGUUUGGUGGAUUCUCUUCCAAAACUUCACAUCAGCAGCUACAUGAACCUCAGUAAGAACAGACUGAGCCAACGGGGGCUGCUGGAUGUGGUCGGCACACUUUGCACCUGCGCCAGCGUCUCUGAGGUGGACGUCAGCUUGGGAGAGGAGCAGCGGUGUCUCGUCUGGUUCGGGCGGAACCGAGGCGCCGGACAAACCCUGAGGGUCAGUAAAAGCAGUUUGGAGCACCACCAUCUGCUCAGAUUAGCAGAGAUUUUAUUAAAAUGUCCCACUUUGACCAGAUUACAAUUACAGAACAACGGGCUGCAGUCGGACUGGAUCCAGAACUUUGUGAAAGUUUUGAACCGCGGUCAGAGAGGACGCUCCUUCAGUGUUGAGGAGAGUUGGAUCAGAGCCGAGGAAGCUGUGGAUUUAGUGAGUCGCUGUCUGGAGGUGAACAGAAGCAUUCAUGCUAUCAGGAUCCAACAAAACACGCUACACGUGACUCUCAAGAACCCUGAGCCGACCUCCUCCAGGCGUGAAGCUGAACGUCCUGCUCAGUUCAUGGCCACAAGCUUAAGCCUCGUGGAUUGUUCUGCACAUGGAACUCAGCUGGCAGCGUUGAAGAACGUCCUCCUACAGAGUCCAUCCCUGACACAGCUGGAUUUUUCCGACAACACACUGGGUCCAGAUGGAGCUGAGUUCCUGUCUCUUCUUCUGCCCUUGUUGCCAAACCUCACCACCUUCAGUGUUGCAACCAAAGAGAGGUCUGAGUCUGUGGUGGAGGAGCUGGCUCCGGUCUUCCUGCAGUCCACAUCCAUUCAGUGCUUAAAUCUCUCAGGUCACCUGAUCAGCGGCGCUGCAGCUCAGAGUUUGGCCCGACUGCUGCCUCGUCUUCGAUCUCUAAAUCUGUCCCGCUGCGUGUGGUCGGCAGAGGGGGGGCGACGGCUCGUCGAGGCUCUGAAACUGUGCAGACGUUUGGAAGAUCUUUGCCUGGACGCAGCGUCACAGCUGGACAGGAACAGCUGGGUGUGUUUGGCUCAAGCUGUGAGGAACAUUACCUCCGUACGAAGUCUCAGGUUGAACGAGAUUGUACAAACCUCGGGAACAUCUGAAGUUGACAUAGUCCUGGAUCUCCUGGCAGGUUUGGAAGGACUCACGCAGAUGAGGCAGAUCGAGCUGGAUGGAUGGAGGAUGGCUGAGAAAGGGACAGAACAGCUGAUUGCAGUCCUCCCAAACUGGAAGGAGCUCAGGAAGAUCAGUCUCUCCAAGAACCUCAUCAGUGACCCAUCAGGAGAGAAGCUGCUCGACGCUUUGAGGAGCUGUGGCCUCCUGGAGGAGCUCCAUCUGUCCAGUAACCGUCUUGGAGACGCCUCUGCAGCCAGAAUGGCUCUUACUCUCCCGUCAUUGACUCACCUCACUGUGCUGGACAUUUCAGAAAACCAGAUUGGAAAAGAAGGCUCAGCCAGUCUGUCCGAAGCAAUAACGAGCUUAAAAAACCUGAAAAAGAUUCACCUGACGUCUGUUGGGACUUCAGAGCUGAGCGACGUCGUGGCCAGUUUGGCUCACUGUGCCCUCAUACAGGAUGUGGGUCUGGGCUGGAAUAACUGCGGCGACGACGUCGCUCUGCAGCUCACCAAACUUCUGCCUUUCUGCCUCCAGCUGACUCGCAUCGAUCUGGAGUGCAACAGUGUGAGUGUUUCUGGAGUGGAGGCCCUGGAGGGAGCGAUGAAGUCCUGCCCCGCUCUGCAGCUCAUCAGGCUGUGGAGGAACCGGGUGUCAGUGAGAGAAGCUCAGAGCUUCAGUCUGAGAGAGAGGAGGCUGAACUUCUCCUCCACCAUCAUGUGA